AUGAGGCGCCAGUCCUUGGUGUGCUCCACCAACGCAGAAGAGCGCCGCCCUCUAGCGACCAAAAUGGGAGACGCAUUUCAAAUUGAGCUUCUCAGGAGCUUCGUGGAGGCAUCAGCUCUCUCUGUCCUUAUCUGUGGAGCAGAUGAUGGAGACCACAUGCAGUACGAACAGGCUUGCACACUAGAAUGUGAAGGACAAGUGCCUUCUCUCAAAAUCUGGGAGACCUGCAAGGAUCUCCUGCAAGUGUCCAAGCCUGAGUUCCCUUGGGAUAGCUUCGACGUGUUCAAAGACAGCAGCAAACAGGAUGAGAGCCACUUGCUAGCCAAGAAGUAUGGAGGGUUCAUGAAAAGGUAUGGAGGCUUCAUGAAGAAGAUGGAUGAGCUUUAUCCUGUGGAGCCAGAAGAAGCAGCUAAUGGAGGGGAGAUCCUUGCCAAGAGGUAUGGCGGCUUCAUGAAGAAGGAUGCAGAUGAGGGCGACACUCUGGCCAACUCCUCCGAUCUGCUAAAAGAGCUCCUGGGAGCAGGAGACAACCGUGCAAGAGAGAGCCACCACCAGGAGAGCGCUGACAAUGAUGACGACAACAUGAGCAAGAGGUAUGGGGGCUUCAUGAGAAGCCUCAAAAGAAGCCCCCAACUGGAAGAUGAAGCAAAAGAGCUGCAGAAGCGCUAUGGGGGCUUCAUGAGAAGGGUGGGCCGCCCAGAAUGGUGGAUGGACUACCAAAAGAGAUACGGAGGCUUCCUGAAGCACUUUGCUGAGUCCCUGCCCUCCGAUGAGGAAGGUGAAAGUUACUCUAAAGAAGUUCCGGAGAUAGAAAAAAGAUAUGGGGGAUUCAUGCGAUUUUAA